UUUCAUGACGCGUUGUCGACAUUGGCUGGCGCAACAAUUUUCACCGGCGGGCCGUGUAUUACAUUGACAUGGUGAUGAGUCUGAACUCAACAAAACCUUUAAGAGAAGAAAGGCCAAUGCUUAUUGAUGACUCAGAUUUGAUGGAGAGGUUGAUUUAAUGAUAGAUUUCCCUGGCUCUGAUAUCAGAGCCACUGCAUUCAGCUGAAUAAAACAAGGCAGAAGUAGUCAGAGAAACUCACAUCCGUCAAACUCAAUAAUCAUGGCACCGCCGACCCGCAACCGGAAGACGGCCUCGCGGAAGGAGAUGCGCAGGGAGCUGCGCCAGCAGCGGCAGAGCCGCGACCCAGCCGGCGGCGAGACGGCGGCGCCGCCCCCCUCGGCACCGCCGCGGCCGCCGCUGGCACCGUCCGGCCUCGAGCCGUGGACGCCGAGCGGCUACACGGCCUUCAAGGUGAUCCUCUCGGCCCGACUCUGCGCCGCCAUCUGGAACAACAUCCAGGACUGCGACGAGACGUUCAACUACUGGGAGCCGACGCACUACCUGCUCUACGGCACCGGCCUGCAGACCUGGGAGUACGCGCCGCGGUUCGCGCUCCGCUCCUACGCCUACCUGUUAGUGCACGCAUUGCCGGCGCACCUGUACGCCGCCCUGCUCCAGAGCAACCGUCUGCUGGUGUUCUACUUCCUGCGCUGUGUGCUGGGCCUGGCGUGCUCGCUAUGUGAGGUGUACUUCUACCGCGGCGUGUGCAGAGAGUUCGGUGCCAACAUCGGCAGGCUGACGCUGGGCUUCUUGGUGCUGUCGGCGGGGAUGUUCAUCGCUAGCGCUGCCUACCUGCCCUCCAGCUUCGCCAUGUACAUGACGCUCGUGUCGAUGGGCGCCUGGUUCCGUCAACACUAUCCGCUGGCCAUAUUCGCCACCGCCGUGUCGACCCUGCUCGGUUGGCCGUUCGCUGCCCUGCUGGGUGCACCCAUCGCGUUGGACGUGCUGUUCCGACAGCGUCAGAUCUGGCUGUUCGUCAAAUGGUCGUUGGUGAGUCUGGUGGUACUCGUGGCGCCCAUGACCAAGAUCGACUCGGACUUGUACGGAAGGCUGGUGUCUGCGCCACUGAACAUCGUCACCUACAACGUGUUUUCGAAGACGGGAGCGAACCUGUACGGCACGGAACCUCUGUCGUACUACCUGGUGAACGGCCUGCUCAACUUCAACAUCGGCUUCCCGCUGGCUCUGGCGGCGCUGCCAGCCUGCGCGCUGGUCAGUCUGAUCAUCGGCCUGCCGCGUAAGAGCCCUCUCUAUCUGCCCAGCUGGCUCGGGCUGCUGCCUCUCUACCUCUGGCUGGCGGUGUUCGGCGCCCAGGCACACAAGGAGGAGCGCUUCCUGUUCCCGGCGUACCCGCUGCUGUGUCUGGCGGCGGCCGUGUGCCUGGACUCGUUACAGAAGCUGUGGUACCACCUGCUGGUCAGCGCCAAGGCGUCUCAUUACCUCCAGCGCACCGGCUGGCUUGCAGUGAGUGUCCUGGCCUUAUACGGCACCGCCUCCCUAUCCAGGAUCGUCGGCCAGUACCGCGCCUUCCACGCACCCUUCGACGUGUUCAUGGAACUGAACCGUAUGGCCGCCGAGGACAUGACCAAACCUCGCCAGGCCCUCAUGGUGUGCGUUGGCAAGGAGUGGUACCGCUUCCCGUCCAGUUUCUUCAUCCCAGAGCUCGAGUGGCGUCUGGGCUUCCUGGAAUCAGAGUUCCGCGGGCAGCUGCCUCAAUACUACGCCGCCGGGCCUAAUGGCACUCGCAUCGAACGAGACGGCUUCAACGACCGGAACGCGGAAGAGCCGAGUCGGUACGUGUCCGCGACUCAGUGCCAGUUCCUCGUGGACGCCGACACUCCCGCCUCACCGCGUGAGCCGGCGUACUCGCGUCAGCCACACCGCUGGACAGUGCUGCACUCGACACCUUUCUUAGACGCGUCGCGAUCGAACCGGUUACUGCGCGCGUUCUACGUUCCGUUUCUGACGGAGAAAUACUGUAGCUAUGUGAACUACAACCUGUUAGUGAAUAACACGUGGAAAGACCGGCUGAUACCACCCAGGACAGAACGAUCCGAGUGAGGGGGAUAUCGUGAGCGGAGCCAGUACGAUGGCUGUGCCCGGAGUCAGAGUGGUAUCGUGAUGGCGAGAGGACGCUAUGGGAGUGUGCGCGGAGCGGGGAUGGGUACAGUGGUGGUGGCUGGAUUGUGAAAGGACACUGGGAAUGUGGUGUGUCAUGGGCGCAGCCAGAGCGAUGCUGGCGUGGUGGCUGGGUGUGUCCGUGUGCGAACGGUGGGCAUUUUUGCACUGGUGACCGGGGGACUGGUUUGUCGUGUUCGCCGGCUGACGCGUACAAACUAGUAGCGACAAAUGAUUUUUGCUGAUUGUAAGCGAACCCACGAUAUACGUAUGUCACUACCGAUACGUAUUAAAUUAGUUACAAAUAUCAACCAGGCUUAUAUAUCUAGGCUUGGUGACACGACACUACAAAGACAAUCCACAAGCGAAUCACUCAUCUUGCGUGAGUGAUUCCGCAUGAGGCAUAGGUUGGAGCGCGGUGUGUGGUGCGGACUGGAUCAGGGCUUAUCGGUCGGUUGGUGCCUCGCGACAGGACUGGGGUGCAGGUGGGAGUCGACAACGCGCAGGCGAUGCAACGAGCUUAUGCAUGGUUGGUAAUCCCGGUGCGUAGUUGUGCGCGUGUGCGUGUGCGAGAGCGACAACAUGGCUAGUUUUUCUAGUCGAUUUCCAUUAAUUCUAUGACAUAAAAAUAAGUUUAUCGCGGAAAUCGCCAAUAUCUAUGGUAAAUGUGAUUGGUUGGGUGCACAGUGUUGGUAUCCUUAGUUGUGAUACGGUCCUUGUAGUAUAACAACGCAUUGCAAUGUCAUAUUGAUGCCCGUAAACGGUAUGAAUAUAAACUUUUAGUAGGUAUGCGAGUGUGUUACUCGCGGAAUCCUACUUCUGUGAAUGCAGGCUCGUUAUACCCGUGUCCGGGUAGACCUCACGCUCGGGAUAUCUGCGUUAGCUAAUGAAUGUUUUCAAACGAACACCUGCAUCCUUAAGGCGAUAGGGUAUGGUAUUGCUUCUGUGAAUAACAUGACCAAGGUUUUCAUGCUA